GUCAUUCACUCUAUCGUAUCCGGUCUAAUGACCCAUCAACGUAACUGUCCAUUUCAACGUGGUCAGUGGAGUAGCAAAACUUCACCGCUCACAACUUUCAUUAUCAUUUGCAUUGGAAAAUGCGGCAUUCCAGCUAUUAGAUGUCAUACGAACAGCGCAUCACCCAUCAAUCUCAACUACGGUAAACGGCUUAGGCAUGGCGACUUCCACCAGUGUGCUAAUUUUCACACGCUCGGAGGGAAAUUGCAACGGACGCUGUCAGUUCUGUCGCGUAUUUAGUCCCGCUCGGGAUGACUCUCGGAAAGGUGAAGGCCAUUCUUCUGAAGGCGAAGGAAAUCUUCUUGGAUUUCGCCUCCAAGACCUCGAUCCACGGGGUGAAGUACUUCGGCUGUCCGGAUCGUAAUUGGUGCGAAAAGUUCUUCUGGAUUACGGUGUUUGCCCUUUCGGUGUGCAGUGGGGCUCUGCAGAUUCGUAAGGUUUACGAGAAGUGGGACCAAACUCCGGUGAUUGUGAGUUUUGACGAGAAGUUCACCCCAGUAUGGCAGAUUCCUUUUCCGGCGGUUACUAUCUGUCCGGAAGCGAAGACGCCGAUUUCGGUGUUGAAUUUUACGAGAGAGUUCCAUCGUUUUGUGGAUCAAUUUUCGAAGAGGAAUCAUCAAGCGAGGGACGAUGCCCUACUGGCGAUGAUGCAGCUGUGUGAUCGUGCCAACAUAUUCACACUGAUCUCGAAAACCGUGACUAUCCCAAACAAGAAGACCUUGGAAAGUUACGCGUCUCUAAUCAGACUGUUGAACAUUCCUAAAGCUGAAAUGUUGGACGAUUGCAUAUUCCUCGGCGAAAGAUACAACUGCUCUGAUCUGUUUUCCUACACGCUUACGGAAGAGGGAGUUUGCCUAACGUUCAACAUCCUCUCCGCGAAAGACAUGCUUCGCACGAAUGUUCUCCAGUCAAGUGAUCCCUACAUUACCGAACAGUCGGAAGCUCCCUACUGGUCUCUCGAGAUGGGCUAUUCUCGUGAAGCGAACAUCACUUCCUACCCCCGUCGAACCCUUGGACCCGGCUACUCUGCAGGACUUUCGCUCUUCCUACGCUCGGACCUCACAAACCACGACUACCUCUGUAGGGGACCCAUCCACGGUUUCAAAAUCUUGCUGCACUCCUCCAGCGAAUUCCCCCAAGUAUCGAACAAAUUCAUCCGGAUUCCCAUGAAUCACGAAGUCACGGUCGCCGUCAAACCGGAGAAGAUUUCCACCAACGACGGAUUGCAAAGCUACAGUCCCGAGCGGCGGCAGUGUUUCUUCAACAGCGAACGCUAUCUGCAGUUCUUCCGUGUGUACAACCAGGAAAACUGCGAACUCGAGUGCCUAACGAAUUUCACACUUCAUCGAUGCGGUUGCGUCAAGUUCUCGAUGCCUCGAACGAGCGCCACCCCUGAAUGCGAAAUCAAUCAGUUUCGGUGCAUGUGGAAUGCGGAGAUCGAACUGCUCGAAAUGGGACCUACGGGACACAAGCUGGAGGAGUUGAACUUCCGGGCGAGAUGCAAUUGUUUGCCAGCUUGCACUUCGGUUCAGUACGAUACGGAGAUCACCCAGGCAAACUUUGACUGGGUACGGUGGGCUCGCACGAUGAACAUCUCAACGAUGGCAGUAAACGGAAUGCAAAUCUCACGACUGGGGAUCUACUACAAGGAAUCGCAGUUUAUGACAUCAAAGCGAAGUGAGCUGUACGGGUUGACGGAUUUUUUGGCCAAUUGUGGAGGACUGCUGGGACUUUGUAUGGGCAUGAGUAUGCUUAGCGUGGUGGAGUUGUUCUACUAUAGCUGUAUAAGGCCGUUUGCUUUGUGGACGCAGAACACUGAAAAAGGUCAGCCUGGAAAGGAUGGAGUUGUUGCCGUUGUCGAGUCGAAAAACGCCACAGUUAAAGGUGACUAACGGCAAGAUUUCCUGACUGAUCAAUCCAAAAAUAAUUAGGAUGGCUAUAAAGAAAUAGUAGGGCGUCCCAUAUUUAGAGAAAAUAGGAAGUGUUGAUAGUUCUACAUUAAAACAUUAUUGAUUUGUCUAAAACAAAUAUCGUCUCAAAUAAUGAGGUCCUUAUCUCAAAGCCGUACCUCAAGGGGCCUAAACGUCUAAAAAUUGUUUGAGGACUCAGAAACAUGGAUUUUUUUUCGACGAGAAAAUACCCCAACUGAUAACUUAUAACUGAAAAAAAAAUAAACUAAAUUAUGUGAUCCAUAUUCUCUUCGCAGUAACUACUAUCCGUACUUUCUUAACCAAUCUACGAUCAAUGUUCAAAAAUAGUCCUUUGAAAAUUUUUACAGAAAUAACUAGUGAAAUUCCCUGAUUUUUUUUUAAAUUAUGUUUUAGAAUUGAUUCAGAAAUUCCUGCAUAAAUCUCAUCUGAGUUCCUUUCUGAUCCCGUCAGAAAUUCUUUGAGAGAUUCCUCCAGAAACUUCUCGGAAAACUUAUGCAGAAAACCAACCAUGGAUAUCUUGAGAAAUUACUCGUUUAGUUUCAAUGGUUUCGUUUAGUAAAAUAAUAGUUUUCUAUAAUAUUUUCUCUUAAGUUUUCUAUACAUUAUUUCUAACAUAAAUGAAAGAACUUUGUUAUAAAACCUUCCUUGAAAUUCUCCUUAAAUUGCUUCAUGGAUUUGCUUGGAAAUUUCUCCA